GCAAUUUUUGACAGAACCUUUGUGGUUAGAAAACAUAUUUAUAACUUCCAAUGUGAAAUUUUGCAAUUUUUGUGAAUGGAGUUUCCAACAAUAUUUUUUAGAAAUUGUCAGUGAAUGAAAAAAUGCUAAAUUAAAACCAUAAUGUUGCUAUCUGGAUGUUGGUAAUUUUUGACUGGAUUCAAGGAUGCAAGGCCUGGAGGCUGCAUGUGAGGAGGGUGAAUGUUCCGUAAAACGGUUGAAAGCCAGCCGCCCCUCCUUACCUCUGCUAUGCCCCCAGGAACCAACGACAUCUGCAUCGAGUUCAUUUCAACAAGAAAUCGUUGAAAAUCCCUCUGGCAAACCUCCCAUUGACAUUUUUGCCAAACUCUUAGAAUUAUAUGAAGCUGAAAAUGGCGGUUGCGGGGACUAUGAUGAAGAGGAAGAGAACGAAGAGGAUGAGAAACCAGGAGAUAAAUUGGAAACAAAAUAUAUCCCUCUUCUGUUAGAAAAACUCGUAGUUAAAGAAAGACUAAACACAAUGAUUUUAAACCUUUAUCCUGGUAACAAGGGUUACUCGUUGGCAUUCAGGACGUUGUCCCGUAGCGAUUCCAAUUUUACCGAAGAUACUGCCAAUAUGAUUGAAACCGAACUGUGGCCUUAUGAAGAGGACGACCUUCUUCGAUACAUCGGUAACGAAGAACUUCCACCAUUCAUUUUAGAUCUAUUAGAAUCGCAGUUUAGUUACCUUUUUUACAAUGGAUGUAUCAUAGCUGAAGUUAGAGACUAUAGACAAGCUUAUCCACAAUUCAAAUGUGAUAUUCAUCAUGUUUUACUUAGGCCUACACCCAGGAGUAUUAUGGCAGACAUAAAUAACAUAGUGGAAGAAAGGCCAGACUGGACUAACGAAGAAAAAGACCAAUUAGAAUGCCAGCUGCUAAUGGCCAAUACACCGUCCUUAUGCCUAGACCCAGACACCUCUAUAGGCGAAGAAGUCACGGAAAUCUACAACCGUCGACGGAUGUGGAACACCCACAAAUUCAGACGCAUGGCCAAGAAGUACUCCCAAGUAACGGUCAACAGAAAACGAAAAUUGGAUCAGUUCACUCACAGGCAUGGCUUAGAGUUCUAUGAAUUUCUCUCUAGAGUCAAAAGUAAACCAAAGAUAGGGGUCGGCGCUGGUGGCCUGGCGAACAUAACCUCGAGACCGCUGAAAAUGAGCCUGGACGAUUUGAAACCGCAGCCGAUUCCGAGCUUGGAACCGCCGUUGCUCGCGCCGCCCCAAGAGGUUGUCAUCAACGUGUUCAAACCAUACGAGAGACCAGAGAAGAACAAGGACGAGACCGCGGAAGAAAGGGCGGACGAAAGCGUCGAAGAGAAUAUAGACUGCAGUCCCCAGCUCAUCGAAGAGUAUAUUCUGGAAACGGAUAUGCCAUCGAAGGACAAGGGUAGCCCGAGAGUGUACCAUAUAAAAUUGUCAAUUCUGCAGCGGCCUUCUGAUUCCGAAUACUUGGGGGAAUUGUAUUUAGACAGGGAUCACAAAAAAAACGAACAAAACGGCGUGGCGUGUAGGUUUUCACUGGGCUCUAGAGCUAACGCUAAUAGAUAUAUUCAUCAAUUUACGGAGAUCUUCACUGAAAGUGGGAGGAAGUCAGUUAGAAUUAGUUAUAGAAUUAGUCCGAGGUAUAAGGAACGAGAAGCACAAGCGCAGGCGCAAGCGCGGUCGCAGCUACAAGCUCAAAGCGCUAACCAACCCAAUUUGCCUCAGCAACACCUGACACGCUUGACGCAAUCGUUGCAAAAUCAAACGGCACCUGUGAUAAACGGAACCGUCGCUGGUAGUACUGGGAUGCACAAUCAAGUGCAGGUUACUGCCAACGUCCCAAUAUUGCAAAGUCACUUGCAAGGGCCACCGAAACCUUCCACUCAAGAACAGGCUGUUAGCGCGCUGGCCACGGAACUGAUGAAUUCAGCGCAAAAGUUCCAAGCAGAGAGCGCGAAAAAGGAGCAACAGCAGCAGCAACAAAGACAACAGCAACAGAAACUAACGGGUAGCAACACAGCCAUAUUGAAUUUGCUAAAUAGUUCGCCGGCGUCAAACGUGAACACGGACGCGGUUGUGAACGCUAUAAACAAUUCCCAAAUAUUACCUCAACAGCUACAGACUAUAAACCAAAAAAUUCUAGCGCGCAAAAUGACUAUACCGAACGUGACGAACGCGCGCGUGCUCACUCACAACAACGUAAUAGCGAUCAACAACAAUCGCAUGAACUUGCAGGAUUUGCAGCAACAGUUGGGACUGGGGCAGCAGCAACCACAGACUAUAACGUUGACGUCCGUUAACAGCAGCAAUUAUUCUAAUUUCACUUCGGUGCCGAUCAAACAACAAGUGGUGAAUCAAAGAAUAAUAGGGAACAGUUCUAGUGAAAAUAAAGCGCUAUCGGCACUGUUGGUGGGAACCCCCGCGGCCGACAGGCCUGAUAUCAUCGGGCCCAAUACGAACUCUUUGCUAUUAGAGAAGCUCGGGGGUUCCCCUAACAACUCACAACCCACCCAUUUCAUUCAGAGCCCCAAGGGGAAUCAACAAUUCAUGGUUCAAUCCCCCAAAGGAAGUACUGUACUUAGCCCCAUGUCUAGUCCCCCGCCACAAACGGGGGGUACCAUUAACGUGCAGGGGUUGAAUUUCGCGCAGCUGCAAAGUAUCCCGGGCUUUCAGGUGCAGCUGCCGGGGUUCUCGCAGCCCAUUUCGUUGUCUUUGAACGUUUCGUCGACGGGCAACAUACAGGGGCAUCCGACCAGUUUGAUAGUGUCGUUACCUGUUACUACCGCAACACAUACUUCAAAUACUGUGACUCAGGCAGCUGGUGGCAGUUCGGUUAGUGGAGUGAAUAAUAUCGGGGUCGCGCCCCAGACUGUGGUUUUGUCUAGCGCAAGUGCUUCAAAUUUAGCUCAAUUGGUAAGUUCGGGAGUAAAAGGAGUAACUCAGCAAGGAAUCAGAACAUCGGCCAGUCCGCAAACGGUAUCUUUGACGCAAGGUAGACAGCCCUUCCAACUCAUAACCCCUCUCCAGAGGCCAAGAAUGCAGCAGGCCACCGCCCAGCCGCAAACGUUGACCUCUCGGACUCUCCAAAGAACACCAAUCACGAUCAAGAUGGCAACGCCCGGCACAAAUGCUUCGCAAGUAACGCUGGCCUCGAACUCCGCGAUCGCUAACCAACUGCAGAAGCAAGCUCAACUGCAGCAGUACCAACAGAUAUGCUUGAACCAACCCAACGUGUUGAGCAACAUUCGGAGAAGAUCUAGCACUUCGGAUCCCCAAUAGUUCGUAGUUCUUUCUUAGGCAGUCCAGUACUGUACAUUUACAUUUUAAGCUAGUCUUAUUGAAUUUUCUUUUGUAUAUUACUGAGAAGUUUUUGUCAGUACUUUAUAAACAAAACUGCCAGGUAUGAAAUAACUUUCGCGUGCCUUGUUUCGGUGGACUUCUUUUUUUUUAGACAUUAUUUUCAGAUUCACUUUCGUAAAAUAUUAUUAAUAGAAUAACAUAGGUUACUUUUAAAAGCUGCAUAAUAGAUUUGUCUUAUAAUAUAAGAAACAACUAAAUUAAUGUGAACAAAUUGAAAAUUUUAUACAUAUACGUUUUUUCCGGAAAUACCGAAAAAUUUCAGGGGUGAUUCUGCAUAAGAAAAAAUUUUUUUCAUAUAAACCUGGGUUCAAAAAUGCAUAGUUUUCGAGAUACAUAUGUCAAACUCGUUUUUUUAUAAAUAUCUUUAAUAACCUUUGGCCGAUUUUGUUGAAAUUUGGUAGUGCUGUUUGUAAUAAUAAUAAUAAUAAUAAUAAUAAUAA